AACAUAUCGUACGAGUACGUCACCAUAGGUCACUGGAUCACCGGUAACCUGACCCUCAAUACCAGCAACAUGUAUUGGCCCAGGUGGAGGGGGCGCAAGCCCGGGGAGAAGGUCCGCUCUAUCUGUAGCGAGCCCUGCAAGUGGGGCCAGGUUAAGAAGGUGCACGGAGAGUCCGACUGCUGUUGGUUCUGUACCAUGUGCCUGGAGAACGAGAUCCUGACCAAGAACAACACGGAGUGUAUGGCGUGCGCCAUAGGGAUGUGGCCAGACGCCAACAAAACAGGCUGCGAAGAGAUCCCGCGUUACUUCAUCAGCUGGGUCGAGACCGGAGCUAUCGUCUGCAUCACCGUGGCCUGUCUGGGCAUCUGCGUGACCCUGUGGGUGUUCGCCAUCUUCAUGAAGUACAACGACACGCCCAUCGUCAAGGCGUCCACCCGAGAGCUCAGUUACAUCAUCCUGGUGGGGAUCUGUCUGGCCUUCAGCUCAAACUUCUUCAUCGUCGCCAAGCCGGCUAAGGAGUUUUGUUACCUCACAAGGAUUAUACCCGGGUUAAGUUUUUCAUUAAUGUAUGGGGCGCUGGUGACUCGGACCAAUCGGAUUGCGAGGAUUCUGGAGGGCAGCAAGAGAAUAAUGACCAAAAAGCCUAGAUUUAUGAGCGCCACUGCUCAGGUCGUCAUUACCGGCAUGAUUAUAGGCAUCGAGUCGGCAGUCAUCAUCGGAAUGUUGGUGUACGAGCCGGCAAAUUCAACGCUCGAUUUUCCGACCGUGCGGAAGGUGCGAUUAAUCUGCGAUACUUCAACGCUGGGGAUCGUCGUGCCGCUUGGAUUCGAUCUCGUGCUCAUACUUCUAUGCACGAUCUACGCCGUGAAGACACGGAACUUGCCCGAGAACUUCAACGAGGCCAAGUUUAUCGGCUUCACCAUGUACUCGACCUGCGUCAUCUGGCUGGGGUUCUUCCCCAUAUACUUCGCUGGGGAGAGUAAGGAGAUCACCCUCAGCAUAUCCGUCUCCCUGAGUGCCGCCAUCGCCUUGUUGCUGCUCUUUGGUCCUAAGGUGUAUGUGAUUGUGUGGGUGCCAGAAAAGAACACCCGGGGAGCGUUCACGACGUCCAGAGAUGUCAGAUGUCAUAUAGGGUCAAAGUCCAUGACAUCUGGUGACAGUAUUGACAUCAAAUUCGUAAUGCAAAGAUCAGGGCCGACGGACGGGGAAACCCCGUACACCAACCACGGGGUUCUGCCCAACCACCGCGGCAUCAAGAGCUCCCUCGUCCACAGGGACAACUCCAGCGACAGCACCAAGACGGAGUUAACUCCCGUCUCCUCCCUGAGCUACCCCGACAAAGACCGGCUCUGUCCCAAAGACGCUGCGAACGUGGAAGCGAUUCGUCAGAAUCUGGCGCGGGAUUUCCCGAUGCACGGGAACAAAAAACAAGCACCGCUUCGGCCGGGGUCUCCGGCGGAGAGAGAAAAACACCGGAUACACACCGUGGAGCAGAUUGAUCUAGACGAGAUUUUAAACGUGCGGGUAAAAGUCUGCAAGCCGCGAGAUUUCAGAAAAUCUUUGUCUUCGACUUGCGUUUCCACCUGCCCGAAGACUAAAAACGCACAGGUGCAAACUAGCGAGGACCUGUCUAUGAAUCUACUACCACCUUUACGGAAAAGGUGCGUCUCUAACAAUAAAAACAAACUUGAGAGAUCAGUAGCGGUGGAGGACACGAUCGCACCUUUAACUUCAAAACCUCAAAGCGCAUGCGCGCUGAGAUACCCGUCACCCGUGUACCCACGGGCGUACCUGAAAUCUCCCUUCUCCUCCCCCCAGCACGCUGACCACCCGCUUAUUCCGUCCGAUUUCUCAGACUCGUGUCCGCUCGUAUCACGCUCCCAUUACGAACGCCGAGGUCUUUGCUCACUGCCCGACCUCGACCUUCAAGAAUCAUCUUCCUUGCUCGCGCACUACACCGACCAUCAUUCUUUCCGGCGCCGGAGCCAUCAACAUCCGGAUGUCGGUGUCGCCGGUCAUCGGAACCGAGAACACGUUGAGUACUGCCAGACGCUGACGGACAAAAAUUUUAACUCACGCUCGCCGCAAACGUCAACGUCCAGACUACUCACCCCGUCCGCUUCGUCGGAUUUAAGUUUUCUCGAAGGGAUCGAAGCUUUUGAAAACAGCAUCAGCACGUCGUAUUCCGAACCCCGGAAAUCGCCGAACAAACCGAAGCACAACUUACCGGAAACCGGGAUUUCCCCGUCUAGUCAGCAUGCGAACAACGGCGCCAAAUGGUGUUACAGCAAAUCUGACCCCAGCACGACCUCGACCUUGUCAUUGACCCGUGAGGAUAGCUACAGCUCAACCACUGCCAGCACCGCCUCUUCCUCGUUCACACUUCCUCCCUUUCUCACCAGCACCGACAGCUACAACAGCGAACUGACGCUGGGCGAGUCAGACGACGACCCUCCCAAGGUCGACCACCCUCCCGCCGACUACCCUCCCAAUAGCGACCACCUCCACGCCCUCGCCAAUACCCUCUCGGCAGAUGAAGACGACGAAGAGCUAGUCAACAUUCACAAAAACGUCAUGACCCCGCUCAUGGGAAACAACCUACCCCAGGAAAACGGCGUCGUUGACGAGACCCCGUUUAUCUCGCUUGAAGCUUUAAACCAGGAAGAAAGCGAAGUUUUAGAAUUCCACCGUUAUCUCGAAGACCACGGGGUCAAACUUGACCUUUCCACUGUCCAGUCUAGUGACGUUUAACACAUGUACUUACCAUACUAUAUUAGUAUGCCCAACUCUACAUUGUGCCAUAAAUGAAAAAAAAAUUAUACUUCUAGAACAAUCCUAUUUGCUCACUGCUACUACUUAUUCACGUUACUGUAUAUUGUUAUUUUAUAUAAAUGUAUGUAGUUGUGUUUCUAACUUUUAUAGCUUUUAUCUCAUACAUCUGUCUCAUACACCUCAAAUUUCAAAAGAUUUACCUAACAACCUUCUCCAACAUCAUCCUAACCCAACCGCCUACCACCCACCUACCACACACCAAACUAACUCAGCGAAAAUCUAUCAACACUUACCAGACCAUAAACCAACCCCCUACCAACUACUUACCAAACCAUAUACCAACCCUCUUACCAGCAAUCUACCAAACGAUAUACCAACCCUUUACCAACAACCUACCAGACCAAAUACCAACGCCCUUACCAAACCAUAAACCAACCCCCUUACGAAAUACGUACCAAAACCAUACACAAGCCC